AGAAAACGAAAUCAAGAUAAUUUUUUGUACCAUUGUUAGGCGGUAAAUUAGCAAACGUAUAAUAUAUCAAACAUUUGAAUGUAGCGCCACAUAGUCAGCCAACCAAUCGCACUAUAGAACUACUGAGGCCACCUUGCGGCCUUCUUCCGCCAUUUCCGUCAGUUGUCCACAAGCUUUUCUGGCGUGCGGACGUACGUGAAUAUUCGGCGUGUUCUGUCACCUACGGAGUCGCGUUUUCGCUAACGAACGCCCCACCGUACCUUCCAUAUUCAAUGUGUAUGGCGAUUCAGUUUCCUGGUGAGUGCAUCCUCACAUACAUGGAGUUUCAGCUGGAUAGUGCAGAAUACUGCCAGGCUCAACACAAGUAGAGAGACACGCCCAAAUACCCUAGAAUUUGCUAGGUACUAUUAAAAAAGAAAUAAGGAAAGAACAUCUUAAUCAGGCAAAAAAAUUUUUAUAAUAUUGGGAUCAUUGCCUCAAAGUCAGAAAAUCAUCAGCUAGUCAUCACGCAAAACAUAGAAGAAUUAAAUAGAAUCAAUUGUUAAUUUACAAUAUUAAAUGCAAGCAUUGUAGUUACUGAGCGCACCUGAUCCAGGCGCACCCAGUGCCAAAUAGAUUAUCUUCCGAAUCAUAGUCAAGGAUCCCAAGUGGGAAUCAAUCGCAUAUCAACAACGCCUAAUGUAACGUAGCCCUCUCCCCUUCAGUGAAAUUUGCACCUUAACAACCCUUCUUGAGGUCUACAUGUAAACCCAUUGUUCUGUCCUCUGUAAAAAAAUAACAAAGUAUUCAAUUAGUUAAAUGAGAAAUAACUUUAUAAGACUGACAUCUAUGGGCUAAGUUGUCAAAUUCAGCCUUUGUUGCUUGAUAGUGUGGCAAAAAUUGCAAAAAUAAAGAGAAACAGUGUCGUACAAAAUUAUUAAAAACAUAAAAGUUAAAACAGUAAAAAAGUAGGAGUUUUACACCACUUGUUGUCCAAAAGGAAAUGAGCAACAUGAGGGUGAAGGACAUCAGACCGGAGCCCGCCGAGAUCGAAUAUAAAAACAUGAAGUUCCUCAUUACUGAUCGGCCCAAUGAUCAGACCAUUCAUACUUUUAUUCAAGUAUGUUUCUUGAAUUAAAAAAAGCACAAUGUCAAAGAAGUAGUGAGGGUCUGUGAACCAACGUACAAAAUUGAAGAACUUAAAGCAGAAGGGAUCAAUGUCAUAGAUUUGGUAUUUGAUGAUGGCACAUUUCCACCAAAUGAAGUUAUCGAUGAAUGGUUUGAAUUGCUAAAAAAUCGAUUCCGCGAGUCUCCAGAUGCAUGCGUGGCAGUGCAUUGUGUCGCAGGACUUGGUAGAGCACCGGUCUUAGUUGCACUUGCUCUUAUUGAGUUGGGAUUAAAAUACGAAGAUGCAGUCGCGUUAAUUAGGGACAAAAGACGAGGAGCCAUCAAUUCAAAGCAGCUGGCCUAUCUUGAGAAAUAUCGUCCCAAGUCUCGGUUGAAGCUCAAAAAUGGACAAAAAAACUCCUGCUGCGUCCAAUAGAUCAAACGAUUUCUUUAAAAAGUUACUAAUUCAUACUGAUUGGUAUACCUAAUUGUAUAGGUUUUCGCGCCUGAUAACAAGAGACAUACUGUAUUGACUCUGUUCUGAAUCUGGCCUAUCAAUGGAAAUGCAACCGAACCACUUAUAAAACAAUUUUAAUGGUAUAUUUUGCAUUAUUUGAUUUUCCAGCGUAAAUGAAACAAUUUAAAAUAAAAAUAAAUUGCAUAUAAUUUUUUGCACUUUUCUUUUAUGAAAUUUUUGUAUUUAUUUUUGAUACUAAAUUAAUAUUAAAUGCUAUAGAACAGAGAAAGCCUUCUAAACGUGAUAUAUAUAUAUAUAUAGUAAUAAAAUUUUAAUGGAUCUGAUCAUUUGUAUAAUAAAUAAAAAAUUGGAUCAACUUAUACGUUUUAUAACAAUACUUAGUACCUCGUUUAAGAUUAUUGCGUACAAGUAUUCUAGAAGGCUGCAUUUACUUGGUCCAAUAAAAUAAGACAUAUAAUUAAUUUCUGAACAUAGUUAAUACGUUAUUUAUGCGACAUAUUUUAAGGAUGGUUGGAACAAGCAUCUUUGGAAUAAUAUGAUUUUUAUUGAAAAUGGUUCCUUUGGUACUGCAAUUGUAUCCAGCCAUCAUCAAAUUUAGCUAUUUAGAGAAUUAGUGCAAUAAAAAAUCUCACGUUUCCCAGAAUGAAUGAAUAAAUAUCCUAUCAACUACAGUUUUAAGUAAUUCAACAUAUUUACUUUUAAAUUGUGAUUGAAUAUAAUAUUUUUUGCAGAUGUUUUGCAUAUAACACAAGCAAAGAAAAACAGAAUUUAAACUUACAUUUAAUAAAUUUUUUUGCAAUUGUUGGAAUAAUAUGUAUUAAAAACAUGAAUCUUUAACAAAGUGUGGUUAGUACAUGUUAUCUCUGUUACAAAAAAAAAAAAAUGAAUUUAUACAACCUGUUAAUUUAAUUCAGUUUAUAAAAAUAGGUGUAAUAGACAUUGAAUCAGUGUGUAACACUGUUUUCUAUUUUAUACUAUCAAAUCAAAUUUAAUAUACAUUGUUAGAAAUCAACGUUGAACUUGUGACAUAUAUUUUCAUAUACUUACCACACUUGUAAAAACAAACCGAAAUUUGUAUAAAAUAAAACGAUUUAAUAAAAAGUGUACAGGUAUUUAAAAUUUGUAAACAUUAAUUUUUAAAAUAUAACUCUUAAAUGAAAAAAAAAAAAAAUUGCGUUGCAUUUCCAGUGGCAUGCCGAAUUGAUGAGUGUUCUUAACUCUUACUGGACUUGGAAUCUGCGUUAACUUGAAAUAACGAAUAUUGUGAAACAAAGUGAAGAAAGAAAAUCACUCCAGAGUUAUAUAUCACUUUUAUCGUAGCUUAACGGCAAUUUCACCAAAAUUUUUUAAAACAUCCACUUUUAUUCGAUAAAUUUUAAAAAGCUGCAUACGCAUUUUGUGUGAAGCAUAUAUUGUAAUCGUACUCGCAAUUUUGGUAAAAUUGUCGGUGAUGCUGUACGCCACACUAAACUGUGUUCAAAAGAUAGAAAAAAAAUUCGCUCCUAAACUAAUGAAUAUAAUACUUAGAUCAUUUCAUAAGUCUGACGAUUUAAUGUGAAUGUACGUUUUUGUAUGUAUUAUGAUACAUGGAAUUGUGUUUAUAAUCGUUUCUUGUGCUUAUAGCAAUGGUUGUAUACAAGAGUGAUGUGACGAAUUAUCAUAAUCGAUGUUUGUUAUUUUUUUUUUUUUUUUUUUUUUUCUUCCAUUUUUGAUGAUUAGUGUAUAAGAAUCCUGAAUGACGUUUUUCUACGAGAUUAUUGACUAAUGAUGAAUUCAAUGCAUGAUACGCCAAUGAUAAGAUAUUCGUCCUUUUUGUGCAUAAUUUUUAAGUAUCAUGUAUAACUGUUGUACAUUCACCAUAAUCUCAGACUCGAAAUGAAAUUUGAACCUGGUACAGCUCCUUUUUUGUAAUGUUAAAAAAACUGCAAUAUUUUUUACCAGAGGAUGGGACGAGGGAUAUUCGUAAAAAAAAAGAAAAUUAUCGAGCCUUAGAUCCGAAAUUCAAUAAUCUUCUAAUUAUUCAAUUUUUUUCCUUCGUAGAUUAUUGUAACAAUUAUCAUGAAUCGGUGAAAUGUUCUUUAUUUCUUCUUUUUGAAUAUGAUUUUUUUUUUUUUUAAGGUAAGAUAUUAAUACUUUAAUUAGGUAUACCUAGCAAUUCAUUGAAAAAGUUACCAACAAAUUUUUAUUAUGUGGAAAUUAAUUUUGCACGUCGAUUCACUUCUUCAAGUUAUACUUCAUUGUAGUGAAGUAAUUACGUAUAUGAGUGAACAUAUUUUGUCUGUGAUACAUUUUUUGCGAAAAAAAAAUCGAAAAUUAGAAGGGAUUAAUGAUUGGGCUUAUUGAAAACGUGCUACCUGUGAAAAUGACGUUUAAAGAUCUUUUCAAGGUUACAGCCCACAUUUUUAAAUCGAAUAAUCAAUGGGCAUUCGUAGAUCUUAUUUAAAAUUAUAUUUAGAGACAUAUUUUGAUCUGAAUAUUUACUGUUUCGCGUAGUCACAGAACAUUAGAAGAAGAAAAAAAAAAAACUUUUAUUCUCGAAGAAUUGAAUCGAAACGCUAUAUCAAAUUUUAUUUUAUUUUUUUGAAAAAGAAAAAAAUAAUCCAUAAAAGCAUGAAGUAUUUAGUUUAAUCGUUAUAAUUUUAUAAAUUAGCGAUUGAGAAAAUCGUUUCAUACGAUGAUUCUAUUUUAUGUUAAAAAGAAAAUGUUUCAAUUCAUGUGAAUAACAAGAACAGGAACAACUUAGGUAGCAAAGAAAUCCUCUAUUUUGAACCGACGUAAUGAAGUAAGAACAGUCACUCCUUUCGAAUCGAUUAUGCAAAAAAUAAAUUUAACGAGUUAGCGCAAUUUAAACAAAAAUUACUAUUAUUAUAUAUUUGAUUUGUUAAUGUAAUUUCCUACCUACUGCUGUAUUAAUUGAUUAAAUUAAAUGAAGAAUUUUGUUAUAUUGUAAAACAUCAGUAAUGAAAUAAAAAAGAAUGGAAGUCGUUUUGUGAAGAAAUAUUUUGUGAUGUAUCACUUACAUAUAUGUCUGAUGCGUUGCCAAAAUAAAAUAUCUCUUUGCGAUCUUUCUUUUGCAAA